CUCCACUAGAACAAAUUUACAAGUAAUAAAAUUGGGCUAAAAAAGAAAACUAUAAAGUAGAUUAUCGCAAAAUAAUUAACAGGGAUGUGAGAAUAUGCAUGUGUACCAGUGUUUGUGACUGUGUUUCUCAGAGAGAGAGGGAGGAUGAACAUGAGCAUGAAGAUUUUACUUCCCUUUAUUGGAAUGGUGAUGGCGAUUAUGGCUCAGACUGGGAGUGUGGUAGUAAACAAAGCAGCGAUGUCCACAGGGACCGAUGCAUACAUCAUCGUCGUCUACGGCAACGCCAUCGCCGCCCUCAUUCUUCUCCCUUCUGCUCUCAUCUUCCACAGCAGAUCGGAGCGCCCUCCCCUUACAUUCUCCAUACUUUGCAGAAUCUUCUUGCUUGGCCUGUUUUGUUGUUCAGCGCAAAUAUUUGGAAAUAUUGGCAUAGAAUACAGCUCUCCCACGCUUAGCACGGCCAUGCUUAACCUCAUCCCAGCUUUUACUUUCAUACUUGCCAUCAUUUUUAGGAUGGAAACUGUAAACUGGAGAAGCUCAAGCAGCCAGGCAAAAGUUUUUGGAACCGUAAUGUCAAUCGGAGGAGCAUUUGUUGUAACAUUUUACAAAGGUCUACCGAUCAUACGGCUAUCUUCAUCACUUCCUAAUUCACUCUAUCAAAUCAAUUCCUCAUCGAGAUCAAACUGGAUCCUCGGAGGGCUUUUUCUUGCAGUUCACGCCUUCUCAAUUUCUUUAUGGUACAUUCUGCAGGCAACGGUCGUUAAGAAGUACCCCGCAAUUUUGCUCUCAGUCUUUUUCCAAUGCUUAUUCGCAACCAUUCAGUCUGCAAUAUUUGCUUUAAUUGCAGUUAGAGAUGCAAGUGCCUGGGAAAAAAGGCUGGAUGUGGGGUUGAUUGCUGCUUUAUACACUGGAAUUGUUGCGACGGUUCUUUAUUUCUGUGUAAUUGUCUGGUGCGUAGAGAAGGUUGGAGCUUUUUAUUGUUCUAUGUUUAAGCCUAUUGGCAUCAUUUUUGGUCUGAUCAUGGGUGCCAUAUUUUUGGGAGAUUCAGUCUACAUCGGAAGAACAACUUCGCAGUUUGGUUGGUGCAGCCAUAAUCGUUACUGGAUUUUAUGCCAUGAUGUGGGGGAAGGCCACAGAAGAGAAGCUGAUCGAAAUAGAAUCAUUGGACCAAAAUAAGCUCCCUUUGCUACAAAACGGGAUACAAGACAAGAGAAGCAGUAGUAUUGGUGCGUAACUGUCCUAUGUAAACACACAUCUCAACUCCUGGUUCACAGGGAAUUAUCUCCACCUUAACCAUCUAGGUAAAAAGUCUAACGAACUUUUCAUCAUAUAAAACUUCUGUGCAAUUAGGACAUAAACUUUCAACUUGUCAAGUGAAAAUUAUUUUGUAAAGUGUAAAUUAUUAUCUCGCUCUUUUAAUCAAAGACUUACACAUUGUGACUUAUGCUA